AUGUCAGACACUUUCAAAGUCAAGGUGGUUUACCGUCAAGAUAUUCCAGAGGGCAUUAUUAUCAACGACGUAGCAAAAGUUAGACGUCAAGGAGGCAAGCUUAUAACACCGUUGUGGUCGGAUGACGUGGCAAAAGAAGAGAGAGGUUAUAUUUGCGAAAUCGAAACGCGCCACUUGAAUCUAUUCCAAGCUCUUCACGUUGCCGGUGUGGUCACCAGAGUCAUUGCCGUGCCUCCCGUUACCGACGAGGUGAUGGACCUGUUGACACCUUUUGACUAA